AUGAUAAAAACUUAAGCAACACAACCCUCAUCUCGAUAUAGCACUAAGUAACUCUAGUCCUACAUAAAGAACCUAGAUAGCUUUGGAAUCCCAGUAUCUCUCACAUUUAAAAAUGAUCCACAUCUUAAAUCAUUUGUUGGAGGAGCAAUGACAGUACUAAGCAGAAUUGGAGUAUUCAUAUAUCUUGCACUUUAGAUGAUUUCUGUGUUCUCUAAAACAGCCACGAUUUAGGCAUCUUUCUACAGAAGAGACCUAAUAAAGGAUCCAACGUAGUAUGACUUAACUUUAAAAGACUUUGAUUAUGGAAUAAGACUAGAAUAUGUGUUCUAUGAGCGUGAACCUCAGAUUUAAGCUGAGCUUGACUAAUAUGUUUAUAUGCAAAUAAGUCAAAAUAUAUAUACAUGGGUGAAAGACAAAAAGGGUAAUUCAGUCUUUCAAAAACAAAAAAUCAAAACAGAAUUAGGAAAUUGUAGCUAAGGAAGAUUAGGUUUAAAAGAAGGUGAAGUAGAUUAUCUAGGCAUUAUAAAUGGAUACUAAUGUCCUAAAGAUGUCAAUUAUUAAAUUAAGGGAAGUUUUUCUGGUGAGCAAACCAAAUUUAUCUAAUUAUCCGUCAGGGACUGCAAUUAAACAUAUCUUAAUGAAGCCUAUAACAAAACCAAGUAAUGCAAAUCAAAAAAAGAGAUUGAGAGAGUUUCCGCUAAUCUUAAAAUGUACUUUGUUGCUGAAAAUUCCUACUUUGACGAGAAUGACUAUGGUAGCGAAUCAGUAAAAAAAUUCUUGAAACCUUAUUAUCUAACUUCAAAGAACGCAACAAGCAAGUACUAUUAUAUGCUACUGAGCCAAAAUGAGAUAAUUAAAUAAGAUAAUUUGCUACUUGAUGAGGAGGUCAAUGAUAAAUUUAUCGAAACUAAAAUCGAUUACAGCGUUGAUCAAGAGCUAGAGGCCAUUGAUGCUUAUAAUAAUGCUUACAUAGGAGUCUAUAUUUAGAUGGAUGAUUAAGUGAAAACAGUUAACAGAAAGCUAAUGACUAUUUUAGAUGCUUUAGGAAAUACUGGAGGCUUCAUGAGUAUUAUAAUCGUAGUGGCAUACGCUAUGAUCUAGUAUGUGUAGAAAACUUUGUACUACACCUCGCUUGUUAAAAGUCUAUUCGUUUUUCAAGAGAAUUUUGAAUAGCAAAGUUUUUAACCAUAUUCUCAAAACAAGCAAAAGAAUGUAAAAAUAAGAUUAUCUACAAAAAAGAAUUUAGAGGAGGAAGUUAUAUCUUUUGAAGAAAAGUCAGCAAGAAAUGAAGAGUAGGAUUCUUCUACUGAAGAAAUCAAUCUCUUUUAAAAACUUUACAAAUAGCUCAGCAGCAGGAAAAAACUUAAAUACACUUUAACUGAUGAAUUUAAGUCAACUUUUAUUCGGUUAAGGAUCUGCAAAAAGACAAGCUAAGAAUAAGUUUAAAAAGAUAUUCUAUACAAAAGAGGAGUUGAUAAAAUAGACCAUGAGCUUGAUCUAAGAUAUAUAAUUAAGUAGCUAAGAUCUUUGAAAUUCAUUAGUUAGGUCUUGCUUAAUAAACAAUAAAGAUUUAUGCUGCCUUACUUUAAAGCUAAUUUACUGAAUGUGUAAAAUGCACCAGAAUAGAAUAAAAAAGAUAAAUUUGGACCUUAUUUGAGGAAAACUAUUGAAAAUAGAGAUCAUACCAAGAUUGACAGAAGGAUACUUAAGUAUAUUGAUCUUUCAGACGAGGAUUUGCAACAUAAAGCCAAGAUUAAUAUUGGUUCAGAUUCUGCUCUUAAAUAGACAAACAACUAAAAAAUUAGCGACAAAAGCCUAUCUAGCGUUGAAUAGAAUCAAUGGGAUUAGAAUAGUCAAGUAAAUUUAGAUACUCCUUUGAAUAUUAGCAAGCAGCAAUUGCUCUCAGACAGUCAAAAGUAGCAUACUUAAAAUAGCAAGAGGAAAUUAAGUUCAAGCAAAAUAGAUGAAUCACUAAUUGGUAACUCUCAUAUUAAAGAGUAAAAUGAUAUUGAUGAAAUGAUACUGGAUAUUGAAAAUGAUACCCCUAUCUACUAAAAUCAUAGUAAAAAACAUAAUUCUCUUAUUUGA